UUUACGCCACAUCACAAUUUCUAAUUUGAGUGAAAUAAAAUUCCAAUUGCAUUCGAUGGUUGGUUUUUGCUUAAAAAUCAUAAGCAAACGUCGAUUGGUACGGUCUUUCGGUUAAAUCCGUCUGUGGAAAAAUCCGAAAGUGUAACGCUUUCACCACCGAGUGGGGUCACGUGACCACGACACCACUGAGUUGACGAUCGGUCUUUCGCCCACAGCGUAUGGCCCAUUCACGAUGACGACCCCACAAAUACAGCCAAAACGCGGAAUUGUGAAACAAAUCCUUUCUGGGGACUCGGUUAUUAUUCGAGGUACCCAAGGGGCUCCACCACCGGAAAAACAACUUAAUUUUUCUAGUAUUAUCGCUCCGAAACUUGCCAGACGUGCCACGGAAAAUAAUGAAGUCACUAAAGAUGAACCUUUUGCUUGGGAAGCUAGGGAAUUCCUUCGAAAAAAACUCGUUGGUGAAGAGAUUUGGUUCACUUCUGAGAAACCACCAAAUGCAACGAGGGAAUAUGGAAUUGUUUAUCUUGGAAAAGAUUUCAACACCGCGGAGAAUAUCACAAAGAGUCUUGUUUCUGAAGGCCUUGUCAGUGUGAGAAGAGAAGGGGUUAGGAUAACACCGGAAAUUGAGGAAUUAUCAGAAUUGGAAAAUGCUGCAAAAUCAGCCGGGAAAGGAAAAUGGGGAGGAAAUUUGCAGGAACAUGUGAGAGAUAUAAAAUGGUCGCUUGAAAAUAUGAGAACUUUCGUCGAUAAGCAAGCUGGGAAACCAAUAAAAGCAGUUAUCGAACACGUCCGAGAUGGUUCAACUGUGCGAGCUUUCCUUUUACCCGAUUUCUACCACAUUACGCUGAUGAUAUCGGGAAUUCGUUGCAACGGUUUCAAAUUAGACGCGAACGGAAAACCAGAUCCAAACGAAAAACUCCCAUUCGCCGACGAAGCUCGAUACUUCGUCGAAAUUCGUCUUUUACAACGCGAUGUCGAGAUUAUUCUAGAAUCGGUUAACAAUAACAAUUUUGUUGGAACGAUUGUACACCCAAAAGGAAAUAUCGCCGAGGCUUUAUUAAAAGAGGGACUCGCUCGUUGCGUUGAUUGGUCAAUUGCUUUUAUGAAAUCUGGAGCUGAUAAAUUACGUUCAGCCGAACGUAGAGCUAAAGAAUCAAGAUUGAGAUUAUGGAAAGAUUGGCAACCGAAUGCGCCCCAAGUUACCGGAAAAGAAAAAGAAUUUUCUGGAACCGUAGUUGAGGUUAUAAACGGAGAUGCUUUAUUGGUUAAAUUAGCUAAUGGACAAGUUAAAAAAAUUUUCUUAUCCAGUAUAAGACCCCCGAAAGAAGCGGCGCGUGCUAACGAUGAAGAUGGAAAACCUGUAGCUAGACCAAAAGGUUUCCGUCCGUUAUAUGAUAUCCCGUGGAUGUUUGAAGCAAGGGAAUUCCUCCGAAAAAAAUUGGUUGACAAAAAAGUUCAAGUAGUCGUUGAUUACAUUCAAGAAGCUAAAGAUAAUUUCCCCGAAAAAGUGUGUGCUACCGUCACGAUUGGUGGAUCUAACGUAGCCGAAGCGUUAGUUUCUAAAGGAUUGGCAACCGUGGUUAAAUAUCGACAAGAUGAUGAUCAACGUAGUUCCCAUUACGACGAUUUGAUGGCCGCCGAAACUAAAGCGAACAAAUCCCAAAAAGGGAUUCAUGACAAAAAGAACGUCCCCGUUCACCGAGUUAUCGAAAUCGACGCCGCAAAAUCAAAACAAUACCUUUCCUCGUUUAAACGCCAAAAUCGUAUUGACGCCAUCGUUGAAUUUGUCGCAAGCGGCUCACGUUUGAGACUUUACAUCCCGAAAGAAACUUGUCUUUGUACGUUCCUUUUGGGUGGGAUUAGUUGUCCGCGUGGUGCUCGCCCCGCCGUUGGGGGAAUCCCCGCAAGCGCUUCCGAACCGUUCGGUGAUGAAGCUUUGGCUUUUACAAAAGAUCGUUGUAUGCAACGUGAGGUGCAAAUCCAAAUCGAAUCCACCGAUAAAGCUGGGAACUUUAUCGGUUGGUUAUGGGUUGAUAAUAAUAAUUUAUCGGUCGCUUUGGUCGAAGAAGGUUUCGCAACGGUUCACCCAACAGCCGAUAGGUCGGAGUAUUUUAAACAAUUAAAACGAGCCGAGGAUAGUGCUAAACAAAGGAAAUUGAAGAGAUGGAAGGAUUAUGUUGAGGAAAAAGAGGACGAACAACAAAAAAUUGAAGAAGAUAAUGCGAAUCCUGAAAGGAGUGUAAACUACGAAGAAGUUGUAGUAACGGAAGUAACACCCGAAGGAACAUUCUUCGCCCAACAUUAUCAAAAUGGAUCAAAAGCUGAGCUUUUAGUCGCAAAGAUGCGUCAAGAAUUCCAAGCGAAUCCACCUUUACCUGGGGCUUAUAACCCAAAACGCGGCGAUACUUGCGCUGCGAAAUACACCGUUGAUGAUGAAUGGUAUCGAGCGAAAGUGGAAAAAGUUCAAGGUACAACCGUCCAUAUUCGUUAUAUCGAUUAUGGUAAUCGAGAAACUGUGAAUUCAACCCGCUUGGCAAGUUUACCCGCCGCUUAUGCGAAUGAAAAACCAUUCGCAAACGAGUACAGUCUCGCUUGCGUUGCGUUACCGAAAGAUCCAGAAUUUGCGGAUAUCGCUUUGAAAUAUUUAAAAGAAGAUCUUAGUGCGGGAAAAUUAUUUUUAAAUGUUGAAUAUCGCCCGAGUGGUGGAUUACCGGCUGCUACCGUUUUCACCGAAGAAAAUAAGGAAGAUAUCGUAAAGAAUUUGAUUACAGAUGGUUUGUUGUUGGUUGAAAAAAGACGGGAAAGGAGAUUGCAUAAAUUGGUAUCGGAGUAUAUGGCCGCCCAAGAAGUGGCUAAAACUAAUCAUGCAAAUAUUUGGCAGUAUGGGGAUAUAACUGAAGAUGAUGCGAAAGAGUUUGGAGUUUAAUAAUAAGGGGGACCAUUUUAAAAGCACACUGAGACAGAGCGAAAUCGCCUACAUUUGAUUAAAUCAUAAAAAAAAUGAUGUAACUUGAGUUUUCCAUAAAAUAGUGUUCUAGAUUUUAGGGGGAUUCCAAGAUAGUUAAUAAUCGAUUUACUUCCGAUUAUUUUUUCGUAAUCAUCAUCCAUAGACUCUCCAUUCAAAUAUUUUUUAUUAAAAAAUAAAUAAAUAAGGUGUUCAGACAUAUAUUAAUAUGAAGAUAGGUUUAUAUUUACUCCGUAUAUUAAAAAAAAAUAAAUAAAAUUAGAAUAAACAGAAAAUGCGAUGAAGACUUUCAAGGAAAGGAAACUUAUUUUUUAUAGUUUUUAAGCAGGUUGCAACGUGGCUUCAUCAGGUGUACCAUCUGUAAUUAAUUCUUUUUAUUUCUGCUCAAAUUUACUUUUGUAUCUCUUAAUAUAAAAAAAAUAUAUUAAAAAAAAAAUCGCUUGGGUAACCUUGUAGCGUUAUGGUUGUGAUUCCUUGUAGACGUAAUUUUGUGUAUCAAGAAGAAAUCGUUUUUGAACGAUCAGUUAUCUAAUUAUGUCACCAAUGUAAUAAAAAAAUAAUUAUAGCUAAAUGGGGUGUAAAAUAUUUUUUACGUCCC